AUGUCGAAUCUCUUAUCCAUUCCCUUCAAGAAGACAUACUCUAUUGAUAUCAAGGAAGCGGCCCGUCAGUACAUCUCCGACCACGGAGGCGCGCAUCCUGAUGAAUUCAGGGAUGACAUAAAGUCCUGGCAGGAUCUCAGAAAGGAGGGUGUCGGUGGCGUUGUACACGAUGACCGAGCCAAAGCUGCUCUUCUGUAUCACGCUCAGCUCGUCUCAGUCCUGACCAAGUUGCCGACGGAUAUUCGUCUAGCCAUCUCAUAUGCUCCUGUAUUUCAGCCUUCCGCAAUUCCAAUCACCCUCAGCAAUUUGGUCUUUGAACGUGCCUGUGUGCUUUUCAAUCUCGCAGCUCUUUAUUCCCAACUCGCCGCCGCUGAAGAUCGGUCUAAAAGCGAUGGGAUUACACGUGCUGGGACCAAUUUUCGACGAGCCGCAGGGGUCCUGUCCUAUUUGCACUCUUCAGUGCUCCCAAAACUAAUCUACUCCCCGGAUGACGAAGAACGGCCAACAGAUUUAUCAAGCGACUUCAUCAAAGCCAUCGAAUGGCUUAUGUUGGCCCAGGCUCAAGAAUGUUCAUGGCAGCUGGCGAAAUUGAACCAGUACAGAAAUUCCUUGAUCGCCAAGAUAGCUGCCGGGACCAGCUACUUCUAUCGCACAGCCGUGAAUGCAGUCCGGGAUGCGAGGCCGUCCAUAAUAGGUCUUUUCCCAGCCGAUUGGAUACCCCAUAUAGAGGCGAAGGGACGCCACUUCGCUGCCGUCGCCGAAUAUCGUGAAAGCAUGGUGGAAUACGAGGCUAGUAGAUAUGGGUUUGAGCUCGGUCGCUUAGGCAAAGCCCAACGUGAGGCGAAGGCUGCGUAUGAUAUCGCACGGAGGGGAAAGAUCGCAGGUCCGGUUCUCCACGACGUUCAGGUUCGCCUUUCGCGCUCCCUUGAAUCGGUGUUUUUUCAAUUCCCCUUCCAGUCUCUCUUAGAGACAGUCAAGACGAGUGAAGUCAGGGCGCAGCGUGACAAUGACCUCAUUUAUCACCAGGAUGUCCCCUCUUCAUCGGCGCUUUCUGCCAUCGAGGAGACCAAGAUUGUUUCGCCAACUGUUCCUCUAGAGCUGUUAAGUCCGACGAAGGUUCUUGAAGAACUAGGUCGAAAUGCCCUCUUUAGUGGGCUGGUUGUAUGGGGUGCUCGGGAGGCCAUCAACAUCUACAAUGAUCGGAAACAAAAUCUCCUCGCCGAAAAGCUCGUCGAUGUUGCCCAGGAGAUGCACGACGAGGCAGAUGAAGAAUUACGGAAGUUAAACCUUCCGUCUUCGUUGGACGCCCUUGAACGGCCGAUCGGCUUGCCUCCUAGUUUACUUCGAAAGGCUGAGGAAGUCCGCUUGGAAGAUGGGCCUGCCAAAAUCGAAGCAUCUAUUGAAGAUGUUCAGCGACUUGCUCAUCAGGACUUGGCGAUUUUGGAAGAGGCAUUGGACAUCUUAGACAGCGAGGCAUCAGAAGAUGAGGCCGCAAGAAAGGAGACACCGCUCAAUCGUUUGAAGUCACACGAGGCAAACGUGGAACUCAUCGACAAAGCCAACCGUUAUCGCAGUAUUUUAACACAGGCUGGUGAGAGCGACGAGUCGGUACGCCAGAAAUGGGAUGAAUGGGAAGAAAGCAUUACAGAAUUGACUUUAGACGAGGCAACGCUUGAAGCAUCGGUCCCAUCAACGACAGUGUCAACUGCUGCACGAUCUACCCCGCAAGGGAAACUAACUCGACAACACGCCCGGGCUCUUAGAGUUAAAUUGGAGGAACUCGACAUCCUCCACCGCGAUUGUGACCAGCUGAUACACCGCGCACGUUCUCUUGUCGCCGCCGAUGACAUUCAACCUCGGAUAUUAAAAGCUUCGUCCGGCUUCGAGCGUCUGGCAGAAGUUACACCCGAGAUGUUUGAAGAUGUAUUAGACGAGGAACUGGCUAAAUUCGACAAAUAUUUAGUCGAAGUUGCCGAGCUCCGUAGGAAGCAGACCGAAAUCCUGGAAGACAUCCAGAAACGGAACAGGGAAUUCCUGGACUCGAGAAAGGAGGACCCGGUAGUUAAGGAUCGUGAACACGCCCUGCAAUCCCUGGAUCUCGCGUAUUUCAAGUAUCGGGAAAUUACACGAAAUCUCGACGAAGGAUUCAAGUUUUACAACGACCUCGCUGGAAUUCUUGUUCAAUUCAAAGAGGUGUGCAAGACCUGGAGCCUGCACAGGAAGCAUGAGAUCCACCUCCUUACCCGUUCCAUGCAAUCUGCCCCUUCGCGCGAAGGAGAUGAUCGACAGAACACACCUCAAAAGAAAGGACAGCCUCACCCGACCGCGCCUCCCUCGCGUAGACCACCGCCCGGAAGGUCGUCACUUGGUCUCCCAGCCCUUAACUCGAGUGAAUGGGAGUUUGAGGAGCUUAAGCUUCCACCUGGGCCCAGCAGCAGGAAGUGA